AGUUCACGCCUCGCGGAGCCAACAGACUCGACCAUCAUGCAAAUCCAAAGUUACCUCCUCUCUGCCCUCCUAAUAUCGAUCUUUGUAUCAGGAAUCGACAGCGAAUCGGCUCGGAAAAGGAUCUACGGCGGAUCUCUGGCCGGAAUCGGCGAGUUCCCCUAUAUGGUGUCGCUGAGGCGCGAUGGCGUACACGAUUGCGGAGGCGCCCUUAUCAGCGCGAAACACGUAUUGACCGCCUAUCACUGUAUCAGCGACGGCUACAACAAUCUCACGGCCGUCGUCGGUACCAACAGCCUGAAAACGGGCGGCACGGCCUAUCGCAUCGAGAAAGUGCUCAUUUAUCCACCCUUCGACGGCGACGUCGUCAAGGAUGCCUACGAUCACGAUAUCGCUGUUUUAACGCUCGAGCAAGAAGUGAAACUCUCCCAUCGAGUAUCCAGCAUCCCGUUAGCGAGUUCAGCGCUGAAAAGCGGCGCGAGCGUGCACUUCACCGGAUGGGGAGACGAUUACAGUCAGCGGAAUACGAAAUUCAUGCAGAAGCUGAAAGUCACCGCGAUGAACAACCUCGACUGCGAGGCUCACUACCAAAAGUACGGAUACGGCUUCCUCGUCAAGAAGAACCAGAGUAUUUGCACUUUCAGGGACGUCGGUUACGGUGCAUGUUUCGGCGACAGCGGAGCUCCUCUGAUUUACGAGGGUGAGAUCGUCGGCGUCCUCAGCAUCGGCUUCGACAUGUGCGCGAUCGGCAUACCCGACCUGUUUGAGAGCGUCUUCUACUACCUCGACUUUAUUCGUUACGCCAUGACACAUUAACAUUAAGAGUUCGAUUAAAUCAUCGACGUUUUUUGAAUUUUA